AUGGUACAGCCAUCAUUAUACCAUGGCAGAACAAAACGAGCGAUAUCCUCCACAAAAAGUACGACAGGGGAGCACCACUCGAUGGUGACAAUAGAAGUAGACAUAGAUGGUGAGAAGUUUGCGCUGGAUUUGAGACUGCAUAAGGAACUGCUAAGACGUAAAUACGCCCUCAGUUACCAAAAAAAUGGCAAGACCAUACUGGAUAACUCUUCGCCAAAGCAACAAGACAUAUGUCAGUAUCAUGGUGAAAUCCGCGACAGACCUGGUUCAUGGGUGGCAGUCUCCACGUGUCGCGGUGUUCAUGGCGUCUUUUUCGAUGGCAAGGAGUUGCGAUACAUACAGCCUGAAGGCACCACAAUUGAUUCACGUCAUUUUAUAUAUGAUCAUUCUAAACUUCGAUCCAGUUUCGGAACAGAAUCCUUACGGAACGCAAUCAAAAGCGAAAAUUACGUUUAUGAUAAAAAUCGCUCCUCCAAGACGAAAAUGGACAAUAAUUAUACGACAAGAGUACCAUAUAAAGGCGACCUUCAUUCUGCCUAUAUUGAAUUGGUUAUGGUUGUAGACAACAGACAGUAUAGAAAAAGACAUGGCAACUUACGACUCAUCCAACAAGAAAUGAAAGAUCUGGUUAAUGUAGUUAAUUCCAUUUUCGCCCCUUUGAAUAUUGCUGUCGCUUUGGUUGGUCUUAAAGUUUGGAGUGAAAUGGAUGAAAUACAUUUAAGUACAUCAUCUUUAACAACUCUUGAUGCUUUCUUGAAGUACAGAUUCCAGAAACUUUUAUCCGAAUCGCCAAAUGACCACGCGCUAUUGUUAACAAAUCAACCGUUUUCGGAUAAUGUCGUGGGCAAAGCCUAUGUGGGGCAGAUGUGCACUCACAGCAGGUCUGGGUCGGUACUGAAUCUUCAUUCAGAGGUGCUCGGAAUGGUGGCGGUCUCGAUCGCCCACGAGAUAGGCCACAACCUGGGCAUGGCCCACGACACAAAGAGUUGCGAGUGUAAGGGAGACUACUGCAUAAUGUCCGACAAUUUAAGGUCGUACGUCCCCGUUCUCUGGUCGAAUUGCAGCUUGAAGUCUUUAGCGUACAGUCUGCACAAGGGUGUGGAUCACUGUCUGAGGAACAUACCGGAGCGAUUAUUGGAGUCGCCGACGUGUGGGAAUGGUUUCGUCGAAAUUGGGGAGCAAUACGACUGCGGUGCAGGGGCCGGGGGGCACCGGGCAGCCUGCGAAGCCUGCUGUCACCCAGAGACCUGCGUAUUGCGCAGCAAUGCCAGCUGCGCAACCGGCCAUUGCUGCAACCUCCAGACAUGCCAACUGAAACCCGUGGCGACUGUUUGCCGUGCGGCCAACUCCGAAUGCGACCUGCCCGAAUACUGCACAGGAAAGUCCGAGUUUUGCCCAGACGACGUCCACAAGGUGGACACCACACCGUGCGGGAAUAACGAGGCUUAUUGUGUCCGAGGAAAAUGUCGCACGCACAGCUCCCAGUGCCGUUUGCUUUGGGGACCCUCGGCGGAGAGCGGUCACAGGUUUUGUUACGAGUCGAACUAUAAACAGAGCAGUGCGACGGGAAAUUGUGGCUACGAUCAAUUUAAAGAAACAUACAUCCCGUGCAAGAAGGAGGACAUGCUCUGCGGCCGUCUACAAUGCAAACAGUUUAGCCACGAGUUAGAGUUUGGUGCAAAUGCAAAUACCGGGAUUCAACUGAUUAUUUUCAAAGAUAAGAUAGACUCUUGUAGCACCGCUGUAAUAGACUUAGGUGUAGACGAAGACCCGGGAAUGGUUCCUGAUGGCGCCAGAUGUGGUGAAGAUAAGAUCUGCAUGAAUCAUCAAUGUCUUGACGUUACGUCUGUUAGAAGGAGAAUCGCCAAUGGGAAUUCUAUUUGUCCAUCAAACUGCUCGCAGCACGGCACUUGCAACUCUAAAGGUAAUUGCCACUGUGACGCGGGAUUCGAACCACCGACGUGUGAGCGGCCGGGCGCAGGAGGCUCUUUCGACUCCGGACCCGCCAGCGACCCUGAUGCUUUGAAGAACUUCAUGAUUGCGAUGUACGCGAUAUUCCUUGGAAUAUUGCCGGCAACCGUUUUAUUAUUGUGGCUCGUAUGCGUUUUGAAGAAAAACAGAAAACCAAACUUCUCAUAUAUAUUAGACUAUUUCAAACUGCAAAACUGUACGAGGUCCAACUUCAGAAUAUUCGGCCAACUCAGUAAAUCAUAUGAAACGGAGAAUGAAAGGAAGACAUGUGACAAUAAUAGGAAGCCGAAAAUAAGGAAGAACGACAUUAAGGUUAUAAGUGAUUGUAUCAAUACGGCGAACUUAAGACACGAGAAAUCCCUUAAAGUAGAACAGAUGAGGGAAGUUGUUAAGAAUGCCAAAGAUAGCUGUAUCAUCGCUCCUGUUUGUGUCGAUAUAACUUCGGCCGAUUCCACUGAUGUGAAAAUUGUUGAACAUAAAAAUAAAAAAACAAGACAAAGUUCAUCAAUACAAACGAAUUCUUUAGUGAACACGAAAAAAACAUCAUCACCAUGU